CACACGUCAGAGAGCGAUGUCAAAAUAGAGGGAAAUAAAGAAAAUAAUUUGGGGGGACAAAAGAGAGAGGAACUAUGAAGCGCUGAGAUUGCAGCGAUUUUUUCCACCAACUUCUGGAUUUGAGUUUUUGAACAGAUUUAGGAAUGUUACCCCGGCUUGAGAAGGUGAUCCAGCUCCUGACGCUGACGUGCGGACUGUUCUUUGGAGUUGUUUCAACGGAAAACGAAGUAAAGGCAGAGGUAUGGCUUCAGCAGUAUGGCUACCUGCCUCCAGGGGACGUCCGAGCCCAGGCUAUCCGCUCCCCCAAGUCCAUCAAUACGGCCAUCACAGCCAUGCAGAAGUUCUACGGCCUCACCGUCACCGGAUCUAUGGACACCAACACCCUACAGGCGAUGAAGCGGCCGCGUUGUGGCGUACCAGACAAGUUUGGAUCUGAGCUGAAGAGCAACCUGAGGAGGAAGAGAUACGCCGUACAGGGGCUGAAGUGGGACAAACAAGAAGUCACUUUCAGCAUACAGAACUACACCCCUAAGAUUGGGGAACACGCCACAUACGAGGCUAUCCGCCGGGCGUUUAAGGUGUGGGAGGCAGCCAUCCCUCUCCGCUUCCGAGAGAUCCCUUACAGCCACAUCAGGGACAAGGUCGACAAGUACGCUGACAUCAUGCUCUCGUUCUCCGAGGGUUUCCACGGCGACAGCACGCCGUUCGAUGGCGAGGGCGGCUUCCUGGCCCACGCGUACUUCCCCGGGAACGGGAUAGGGGGCGACACGCACUUUGACAAUGCCGAGCCCUGGACUACCGGCUACGUCGACCAAGGGGGUAAUGAUGUGUUCCUGGUUGCGGUCCAUGAGUUGGGUCAUGCCCUGGGUCUAGAACACGCCAACGACCCGUCUGCCAUCAUGGCUCCAUUCUACCAGUGGAUGGACACAGAGAACUUCCAGCUGCCUGAUGACGAUCGCCGAGGCAUCCAGGCAAUCUAUGGGUCGUCCGGAGCUCCCCCUCCUCCCCCCCGCCCCACCAGACCCUCCACACCAGACCACCCCGGACACGGACCAGAUGUCUGCGAAGGACACUUCGACACCAUCGCCAUCCUCAGGGGGGAGAUGUUUGUCUUUAAGGAUAAGUGGUUGUGGCGUGUUCGGAACAACAAGGUGCUCCAGGGUUACCCCAUGCCCAUCGGUCACUUCUGGAAGGGACUGCCACCAAACAUCAACGCUGCCUACGAGAGGAACGAUGGCAAAUUUGUAUUUUUCAAGGGUGACAAGUACUGGGUAUUCACAGAGUCCAGUAUGGAGCAGGGUUACCCUAAGACUCUGAAGGAGCUGGGCACAGGGCUGCCCAAAGACAAGCUGGACGCUGCCCUCUUCUACACCCCCACCGGACAGACAUACUACUUCAGAGGGACCAAGUAUUACCGUUUCAAUGAAGAGUCCCAGACUGUGGACAGAGACUACCCCAAACCCAUCAACACAUGGCAGGGUGUCCCCGAUAACAUUAAGGCUGCCAUCAUGAGCGAAGAAGGAUCCUACACCUACUUCUACAAAGCCAACAAGUACUGGAAGUUCAACAACCAGCACAUGAGGGUGGAGUCGGGCUACCCCAAAUCGGUGCUCAGCGAAUGGAUGGGCUGCGCGGGGGAAGAGCCUAAGAAGCGGGACGGCGAGGAGGAAGUGAUCAUCAUCGAGGUGGAGGAGGGAGAAGGCGGGGCCACGGCGGCGGCCGUGGUGAUCCCUCUCCUCCUAUUGGUCUGCGUGGUCCUCACUCUGGGAGCCCUGCUGUUCUUCAGGAAGUACGGGACGCCACGACGUCUCCUCUACUGCCAGAGAUCUCUACUGGACAAGGUCUAGAGACGAACUGAACCGAAUGAAGAAUGCAGAGGGACAGAAAGAGAGAGAGCGACUGAAUGAAUUGAAAGAUUGGAAGAAAAAGGGGUUUGGGAGGGUGAGGGUGAGUAAAGUAGGCUGAAAGGAGUUGGGGUUUUAAAAGAGAAGGGGUAAUGGAAGGGCUGUUGGAC